GUAAUUUCAGCUCAGGUAUCUCUCCCAGGUAUUGUGUGGUGCUAGGUACAUUCUCGAUUAAUCCAGACAGGUCAAGCACGGCCUCUAAUUACCAAAAGAGUAGUUAAUGUUGGAUUAAUUAAGCGGAAAAUGGAAACCAGGAAAGAGAAAACUGCAAAGAUGAGGUACAAAUAUUGCAGUGACGCUUGACUGUGAGUGUGUGUGUGAGAGAGGGAGAGGGAAGGAGAGGAAAAACAGGAAAAGUGAAGAAAUGGAACAGAGAAAUGGAAAGGAAGAGACAAAAGUGAAGGAAGAAAGACAGUAAAUGUGAACAGGAAGACUGGGUGAUAAGAUUUUGAGUGAAAGAGAGAAAAAGAGAGAGACAGGAGGGAAAAAAGUGGAAUUUCUGUUGCAUUUAAUGAAAAUUUAAGUGGCAAACAGAUAUAAAAGAGAAAUAGAAACCAGUAGUGUGUUGAAAUCUAAAGAAGUAAGGAAAAAUAAGAUAAAGAAGAAACACUCUUUUGAAACCGUGAGUGAGAUUACAAAACACACACACACACACACACACACACACACACACACACACACACACACACACACACACACACACACACACACACACACACAGAUAUAAAAAGUAAGAGAGAAAAGAUAAACAUACCAGGAAUCUUGUAAAAGUAUAGAUUACAAAAAAAACACUCAGGAAACCUCAAGAUUAAGCUAAAAGAAAUAAUAAAUAAAAAUAAAUAAAUAAAUAAAUAAGAGACACAAGAAAAAAAGCACACAGGAAACUUGAAAAAAAAUAAUAAGCGAGAGAGAGAGAGAGAGAGAGAGAGAGAGAGAGAGAGAGAGACGCAAACAGGAAACUUUAAAUACCAAGAAAAGUAUAAUAAAAAAAAUAAAAAUAAACACACACACACACACACACACACACACACACACACACACACACACACACACACACACACACACACACACACACACACACACACACACACCAAGCAUGAGCACACAGUAUUUAAAGGGAAAUCGAGGGACAUCCUGGUCAUUCCCAUCCUGGCACACUGACAUCCCCUGCCAAUGAUGCAAGGGCCUAGAGUGGCUGAAAAGAGGCAGCCCAUUGGAGACUUUGGUUACCCUGUGCCCUGAGAUCCCUGAGCCCUGCCACGUCGGGGGCCAGCGAGGGGCAGAUGUGCAGCGACCGCCAGUGAUGGGAACGUGCUGUUGCAAGAACCAGCCUGACUCUGGCGCUGACGACGACAUCAUCAUCGACAGGAGGGAGAUUGAGUUUAUCUCUGGCACUGUAACGGAAGAUGGACUCAAGAGCAGCGCACUGUCCAACCUUACUGACAAGUACGUGCUGGACACCCUGGCCGUCAUCAGGACACUGGUUGACAAUGACCAGGACCCACCCCCGUCCAUGUUGAAGCUUCACUCCAUCGCGGACAAGGAGGCAGGCUGGCUGGUGGUGGUGAGAUCAAUGGUACAGGUCAUCCCACUCACUGACCCCCUUGGCCCGGCUGUCAUCACCCUGCUGCUCGAUGACUGUCCUCUCCCCAGCAAGGAGACAGUGGUUCACCUUUGCAAGUUCUUUGACCUGAGCGGGGAGAGUGCGUCGGAGAGCUGGAAGAACCCUCAGCUUCACCGCAACAUCUGUGUGGUGCUGGGCUGCAUUGCUGAGCGCCUGGCUGGACCUGCCUCCAUUGCCCUGCUCACCAACACCACCCUGGAGUACCUCAUUGCUCACCUGAAUGAAGACAAUCACCCGUGUGUCAUCCUCUUCGCCCUCAUUGCCCUGGAGAAGUUUGCACAGACCAGUGAGAACAAGACCAGUAUUAGUAAGAGACUUGGCCACGACCCCACCAACCCACUGAGGACCCUCGAGGGAUGGAUGUCACACUCAGAUUAUGUGCACAGACAAGUCGGGUUCUGCGCCCAGUGGUGUCUGGAUAACCUGUUUAUAUGUGAUGGUCGCCCCUACUCCUACGAGAACGUGGAUACCCAACACCUCAAUGCCAUGCUGAACAGUAAUGAUGUCAGCGAAUACCUCAAGAUCUCACCCGAUGGUCUGCAGGCACGUUGUGACGCUUCCUCCUUCGAGAGUGUGAGGUGCACGUUCCAGGUUGACGAGGGGGUGUGGUACUACGAGGCCACCAUCAUCACCGCUGGGGUCAUGCAGAUAGGCUGGGCCACCAAGGACAGCAAGUUCCUCAAUCAUGAAGGGUAUGGCAUAGGUGACGAUGAGGUGUCAGUGGCAUACGAUGGGUGCCGGCAGCUAUUUUGGCACAGUGCCCAGAGCCAGAGUCACAUCCACCCCAGCUGGAAACCCGGGGACAUCCUCGGGUCGCUGCUUGACCUCAACAAUGCCCAGGUCAUCUUCUAUCUCAACGGUGACCCCCUGCCUCCCCUCACCCAUGUUUUCAGCAAUGCUAUGAGAGGCUUCUUCGCGGCGGCAAGCUUCAUGUCCUUCCAGCAGUGUGAAUUCAACUUUGGCCGCAAGCCUUUCCUUCACCCCCCCAAGGACAUCCCCUUCCAGAGCUUCAAUGACCACGCACAGCUCAAGGAUGCAGAGAAGAUUAUCCUACCCAGACACAUUCGCCUGCAGAAGCUGAGAGCCAUGAGUGUUGAGGAGGGUGCCUGUACUCUCUGUUUUGAUGAGAGUGCCACUAUUGUGUUCCUCCCAUGCUCUCACAGGGGUUUCUGUGAGCGGUGUUCCCUGCAGCUGGAGAUCUGCCCGAUGUGCCGCCGCCACAUCAAGGAGCGCCAGAAGGUGGAGGAGAAGCUCAGCGUGAAGGAGGAUGUCACAUGACCGUAGGAUGAGACGAGACCACCGCGGCAGCAGCAUCUAACCACGCAGGGCCGAGGAGCAAGCUAAUGCCGGCACCUCCCUAGGGCUUGCGUGUGUGCAUGUGUGAGUGUGCAAGUGUAUGAGUGCAUGCCUUGGCUGUACAUGGGUGUAUAUAUAUAUCUCUAGAAGCUUCCAUGAGUAUCCCCUGUCAUGGCAUAAUCAAAUUUCGGAAAAUAUGUAACGGGCGUUUUUUUUUCGUUUUUUUUUCGUUUUUUUCUUCAUUGUUGUUGGGUUAGGUUAGGCUUGUUAUUGUUUGUUGCCUUCUUUUUGUUUGUUUGUUUGUUUGUGUUGCUCUUGAGUGGAUGGUUUGUGUAUGUGUGUGUGUGUGUUUUUGCAUGUUUAUUUCCUGUUUUCUUGUUGUUUGUUCCUUCUCCUCUACUUAUUCCCUUUCUCUUCCUCCUCCUCCUUUUCCUCCUUCAUCUCCUCCCUUCACAGCCUUGUAAAUAUGUAAAUAAAAACAAAAUCGGGAAGAAAAAGACAUGAAAACGACAGCUUGUUUUGUGCGUUAGUGCGUAUGCCUGUAUGCCCGCGACAAGAAAAUAUAAACACACUUCCUACUCUUGUUACUUUUCACUUAUAAACGCUACAGGAUAAGUAACACUGGCUUCCUUCCUUCCUUCGUUCUUUCCCUGACUUAGACUUAGCAUGACUGAGAAUCUUAAUAAUGAUAGGAAGGAUGAGAGAUGAAAGGAGAUUGCAUGUUUUUUUCUAUUUUCCUCCUCGCUCACAUGAUUACUUGGGUUUGUAUUGAAGGUGUUUGUACAGGCUAGUUUCCCCUCCCACUCUCAGCCUUCUUGCCCUGUGUCAAAGUACUGUGUGUGUGACGGAGAACUUAAUUAAAGGUAACUUGGUAUUUUUCAAAGGUGUUCCUGGGUUCUCUGUUUGUGAUGGCGCUGUGAGUCCUGAUCAGCUGUUGUGAG